AAAAUAAAUCAACCUCAACAUAUGAAAUAAUAUUAAUAAUGAUAAAACAUACCUGUUAAACUAAUAUUAAAGAGCCAUGCUAAAAUAACACGGAUAAAAAAAAGCAAAGUAAGGCGGUGUGCUCUUCCUCUCCUCCCAGCAGCAGCAGCUGCCCGCUGGGCGUCACUGAGACGUCCCACAGUGACAGCAGCAAUGCUUCCAGGGUGUUCCUCCGUCAGCACAAGCAGCCGGACUCUGACCCGCACCUUUGGACUCGACCUGCAGCUCAGCUCAGUCUGUCUGUGAGACCCACUGCGGUGAGACAUGAAGAGGAGACUCCUGCUGGUGUCCAACUCCACCCUGCACGGCAGCGGCUACCUGGACCACUGUCAGCAGCACAUCUCCAGCUUCUUUGGAAAGAAUGUGAAGAGAGUGCUGUUCGUUCCCUAUGCCCUCCACGACAGAGACGCCUACACAAAGACGGCCAGGAACAAGUUCAAGACUUUAGGUUACGAAGUUGACGGCAUCCAUGAGGCCACAGACCCCGUGGAGGCCGUCCGGAAAGCCGAGGGCAUUUUUAUCGGCGGAGGCAACACUUUCCGGCUGCUCAAGAGCCUUUACGACAACAACGUGGUGGCUGAGAUCAGGAAGAGAGUCAUGGAGGAUGGGGUCCCGUACAUGGGUUCCAGCGCCGGCACCAACGUGGCGACCAUCAGCAUUAACACCACCAAUGACAUGCCCAUCGUUUUCCCUCCAACCUUCUCCGCCAUCGGCCUCGUCCCCUUCAACAUCAACCCUCACUACCUGGACCCCGACCCCAACAGCCGCCACAUGGGGGAGACCAGGGAGCAGAGGAUCACCCAGUACCACGAAGAACCCGACACUCCAUGCGUCCUGGGAUUGAGGGAAGGCUCCCUGUUGCUGGUGGAAGGCAACAAAGCCACUCUGUUGGGAAGUACAAAGGCCCGACUCUUCACCAGUGGGAAGCCUUCGGUGGAGUACGAUCCAGGCAGCGACCUCAGCUUCCUGCUGUCAGACGCACGUUGAAGUGGAAAAGAAGCAGGAAGUGGAGGGAUGCCACCAAACAAAAUAAAAACAUGAAGCAAGCAA